CGGUUUCGCCGGCAGUAGCGUUGCGCGCGCGCCGGUCAAACAACGUGCGGCUAAAUAAAGAAAUCCAAGAUGGCGUCGCGAGGCACACAGUGUUUUCUCACAGUGACCAGGAAAUAUAGCUCGGCUCCUGACAAAAAUGUGGCUUUUCUUGGCCUUGGGAACAUGGGAGGAUUCAUGGCUGCAAACUUAGCUAAGAAGGGCUUCGCAGUCCGUGGCUACGAUCCAUCUAAGGAGGCGUUGACAGCCGCAGCCAAGAACGGCAUCAAAGAAGCUUCCUCCAUUGCGGCGGCUGUUGAAGGAGCUGAUGUCGUGGUCUCCAUACUGCCCAGCAACAAAGUGGUGUUGGACGCCUACCUGGGCAAUGAUGGUGUGGUUAAGCAUGCCCGCAAAGGAGCUCUGCUCAUCGACUCCAGUACGGUAGACCCCAACGUGCCCAAACAGAUCUUCCCAGUAGCUCUGGAGAGCGGGAAGGGCUUCACAGAUGCACCUGUUUCUGGAGGUGUAAUGGGUGCCCAAAACGCAACCCUGGCCUUCAUGGCUGGAGGCCGUAAAGAGGACUUUGAGAGGUCACUGCCCUUCCUCAAAGCCAUGGGAGCGAAGCAGUUCCACUGUGGGGAAGUCGGUGCUGGUCAGGUCGCGAAGCUCACCAACAAUAUGCUGAUGGGCAUCACUGGAAUGGCUACUGCUGAGUGCAUGCAUAUGGGUAUUAAAAUGGGCCUAGACCCCAAAGUCCUACUAGACGUGUUGAACAACUCCUCAGCUCGGUCAUGGUCUACCGAGGUGUACUGUCCAGUCCCCGGCCUGGUCCCCACUGCUCCUUCCAGCAGGAACUACGACGGGGGCUUCAAGAACGAACUUAUGGUUAAGGAUUUGGAGCUGGCCAGUUCCAUGGCUCUCGGCAUCCGCUCACCCAUCCCUCUCGGAGCCGUGGCAACGCAGCUGUACCGCAUCGUGCAGUCCCGAGGAUACGGCCAGAAGGACUUCUCUUACGUCUUCCAACUCCUCAAGGAAGAUGCUGCUAAGAAUAAAUGAAUGAUGAAGUAUUAUAAGUGAA